UGCUACCUGCUCUGCAUGCUGCCGCUGCACCCACCCCCAGGGUUGUCUCUAAAUUCAUUGCUGACUUCAGUUCGUGUUUUUUUACAGGACAGUGCGAGCUCUGUUGGCUCAGGAGAGUUCACUGGGAUUAAAGAACUAGAUGAUAUUAGCCAGGAAAUUGCACAGCUGCAGAGGGAGAAGUAUGUCUUGGAUCAAGACAUCCGAGAAAAGGAGGAAUCAAUCAGACAAAAAACCAAUGAGGUUCAGGAAUUGCAAAAUGAUUUAGACCGGGAAACAAGCAGUCUGCAAGAACUAGAAGCUCAAAAGCAAGAUGCUCAAGAUCGCCUGGAGGAGAUGGACCAGCAGAAAGCGAAGCUCGAAGACAUGCUGAAUGACGUGAGGCAGAAGUGUCACGAGGAAUCUCAGAUGAUUUCGUCAUUGCAAAUGCAGAUUCAUUCUCAGGAGUUGGAUUUGCAGUCUCAGGAAGAGGAGCUAAGCCGGGCGAAAGCUGAACUGAACCGCCUGCAGCAGGAGGAGGCGCAGCUGGAGCAGAGCAUCCAGGCUGGCAAAGUGCAGCUCGAUACCAUCAUCAAAUCCCUGCACUCAACGCAGGACGAGAUUAACCAGGCCAGGAGUAAGCUCUCCCAGCUCCAGGAUAACCAACAGGAGAUGUGUAAAAACAUUGAGCAGUACAACAGUGCACUCAAUGGGACUCACGGGGGAAGCAUGACUAAUCUUGCUGACAUGAGUGAAGGAGUUCCUGAGAGAGACAAUGGAGGCUUUGGAGCAGUGGAGGAUCCCUUCAAGGCAAACACGCCAGUGUUCAAUAACAGCGUCCAUGAGCUGCACACAGACCCAUUUCAAUCCGAGGACCCAUUCAAAACCGAUCCAUUUAAAGGUGCAGAUCCCUUUAAAGGCAGUGACCCAUUUCACAAUGACCCUUUUGCAAAGCAGCCACCAACCACAGCAGAUCCUUUUGGUGGGGACCCUUUUAAAGAGAAUGAUCCGUUCAAGACCUCCCCGGCAGAGGAUUUCUUUAGAAAACCGACCAAGACCGACCCUUUUGCAUCAGCGGAUCCUUUCAGUAAAAGUGCGACGCUUCCCUCAAAGUCUGCUCCAUUUGCCAGCAGUGAUCCUUUUGCACCUACAAACACACCACCAAAAGGACCAGAUCCAUUUGGAACUCUAGACCCAUUUGCGAGUAGUGCCAUUGGAAGCAGUAGUGGGUUUGCUGACUUCAGUCAAAUGUCAAAGAGUCAGACCUCUCAUUCAGACCCCUUUGCUUCCUCGUUUGGUGGCCAGGGAUUCUCUGAAGAUCCUUUCAGGGUCAAGACUGACAUGCCAGCCCUACCACCCAAGAAAAAUGUACCCCCCAGGCCUAACCCACCCAGCGGUAAAAGUACUCCAGUAAACCUGCCUGGGUCAGGCGAUUCCUCAAAGUCCAGCGAUCCUUUCCAGCCCUUUGGCGCUGAAGACAGCGACCCAUUUCAAAGUAAAAAGGGGUUUGGAGACCCAUUUAGCGGCAAAGAUCCUUUUGCUCCUUCCUCCUCAAGUGUGCGAAAGAAGCUUGGAAAUGAGGCCCAGCAGCUGGCGUGGGCGAAGCGGGAGAGUGAGCGCGCGGAGCAGGAUCGGGUAGAGAGGCUGCGCAGACAGGAGCAGGAGGACCUGGCGCUCGCCAUCGCUCUCAGCAAGGCAGAGAUGUCAAACGCAUGAGCCGCUCGGAGCCAACGCAUCAACCUGCAAAGAGAGAGAAAAAACUUUUUAAAAUGAACAAUACCGGACUGUGUGUGUGUGAGUUAAGAGUUGAAUAACAAUUCCUAAGUGAGCUGAAAUCUAAAAAGGAUUUUGGUUGGUUUUAUUGUGUUUAGGGAGGGUGAUGGGGUUGGCUUGGGAAUGAAGUGAUGCACUGUAAAUGCACUGUAUAAACCUGUAUCAUAGAUGUUUAAGGCCAAUUUAUUUAAGAUGUGGAAACUCAAGUAACAAACUGGAAGGCAGGGGUUUGGGGGUAGAGGGCUUCUCAAAAUAGAUUGCUGUGAGGAAUAAGGUCAGGAUUUAAAUGCUUUUGGUUAAAAAAUUUCAAAAGCCCAUUAUCAGUAAUUUGACAGCAGAACAUCUAAAGUAGUUUCCUUGACAGAUUACUAAAAACAAAACAAAACAAAAACUUGAAAUUGUUUCACAUAAUUUGCAAAACAAAACAAAAAAAUACUGGCA